AUGAUCAAAGUGCCAGAGGAUUGUCCCGACAACUUUUGGGCAUCACUUUAUUUUGAGCGUUUCUCCUUUCCUAUGUCCCAUUUACAUAUUUCACGCAAGACACCAUCAAAUACAUACGAAAGAGUUGCGGAUCUCGAGAUUUACACGCCAGAAAUAUUGCCAGAAAGGCUAAUACAACAUGGAACCGAUGUCUCUUCUGCAAUGGAUUUGGACCAUGCUGUAUCAGUUACUCGACGAUGGCUACAGUCCUGUUUGAAAGACCAUCCCGUCGCUUACCCCGGACCUAUGCGGGCACGUCCUUCUGUCCUGCCAAGCCGUAUCUUGGAUAUAUCUCUAUCGGACUCGGGAAAUAUUUUCUUAAUUCAGAAAGACGAAGUUGGACUAUUGGAUGGCGAGUGUGAUUUGCGAUAUGCCACUCUCAGCCAUUGCUGGGACCCGGGGCAAAACAGGCAAUCGACUACGACAAAGAAUUUAACGGAUAGAUUGAACUUUAUUGACGUUACUGAAUUAUCACGCACCUUCCAAGACGCCAUAUUGUUCGCUCAUGCUUUGGAAAUAAAGUAUCUAUGGAUUGACGCUCUAUGCAUCAUUCAAGACAAACACUCCGACUGGGUAAUUGAAUCGUCACUAAUGGGCGACAUAUAUGGGUGCAGCUACCUCAACAUCGCUGCAACGUCUGGGGCAGAUGGCUACCAUGGUCUUUUUAAUCUACGAUGGGCCCCAGAUAUCAAUACUCCUACACGUCGAAGCCUAAUAGACUCCAUAGAAAUCGGAUUGUUGAAACGGGCUUCCUGUGUUUCUAAGUGGGAUAGGGUCAUGAUGCGAUGUAGUCUCAGCCGUUCGCAUGAAGAUCUCACAAAUCCUUCGGACAACAUCCAAGUUAUUGGCCAAGUAUCGCCACUAUUGACUCGAGGGUGGGUCUUUCAAGAGCGACUUCUCUCCCUUCGAACAAUCAGUUUUCAUGCAUCAGAGCUUACCUGGGAUUGCCAGUAUGGAUCUAAAUGCGAAUGCGGUGCAUUAUCCUCAGUUGACACGACUGUGAAUAAUAUUACAGCAAGCCGAUCAGGGCACUUUACCAAAAAGAAACUCACGGAGCUUAGCAUAAACGUGACUGGCGACCAUUGGCACGAUUUCGUGUCUCAAUAUUCAACCUCAAGAUUAACGCGUGCUUCCGAUUAUCUACCUGCGAUUUCUGGUAUAGCACGCCACUUCGAGCUCAUGAGAUAUGAUUCAUCCCAAAAAGCGAGAAAAGUCUAUCUUGCUGGGCUCUGGAGCUACAAUCUUUCGAGAGAUCUUUGCUGGUAUAUUCAGGUAUCUGGGAAUCGUUGUUCCCCUUCACGAGCAGAACCAUACCGAGCACCUAGUUGGUCAUGGGCUUCUGUCGAUUUCACCGAUCAGAACGCUCGUAGCCCGACUGUAUGGCAUCCUAAUUUCCAGAAGAGCUUUCAACAAUACUCAAGAUUUGAAAUUCGCCAUGCAGAAACUCAAGUGACUGAGAAAUACUAUCUUCGUCGUGGCGAGUCGGAUCUCCGUGAUAGAGACCAGUAUGGUGCGGUUUUGGGUGGAAUUUUACGAAUUAGAGGUAUCCUCAUCAAAGCCCAAGUCUGUGUACACCCAAUGAAAAAUCGGCCAAAUGUUGGAAGGCAUACGAUUAAAUUCUUGGAAAAAAAUACAUUGGACGAAAAAUGUACGGAUGUACAACUACCAAGUCUAUAUCUCGAUAUUUCCCUCGUUGACAUUCAAGAAGCGCAAAUGUCCCUACAGCUCUCUGAUAUUUCACUAAUUUUAGAUAAGGAAGUCCAUGAUCAUGCCAUGAAAGUACUGGAAGAGGAAGCGAGCAACCAGGAAGAAAAAUUGAGAGUCUGGAUUUGCAUUCUGGGAAAAAUAGCGGGCGGUGGGAUUUGCGCACUAGCGUUAAGAGAGCGGAAUCAGGGACAGGCAAACUUGAGGAGUUUUGAGAGAGUAGGGUAUUUGCAUAAUGAGACGGAUACGGAUACGGAUGAUGAGUGGAGUCGGAAUUUUAGGAGGAGGGUGGAGAGGGAGGAGGAGAUUGUUUUUGAUAUUUGGUAG